CCGUGCACACGUGCCCACCCACCCCCGCACCACAUGGGGGCUUCGCCGUCGCCGCCGCCGCCGCCGCUGCCUUUAGCCCAUCCCCUUCGUGUACUCAGCUCCAAAUCGGGUCCCAGAAGUCAUCCCCUUCUUCUCCCUUCCUCCUCCCUCGCGUUUGCCCCCCGCCGCGUGCCCCGAGCGCCAGCUCACCUUCCGCGCGGGCUUGGGCGCUGCAGGCCAGUCGAAGAGGCGCCGCGGCCGUGGCCCAUCUCUGCCCCCGCCACGGCACUUGCUCGGGUGGCCGCCGCCGCAGGAAGCUCGACAGCGGCGCUGCGGCGCUUCCAGGUGGGUCCCCGCCUCCCGAUCCCGCCGCUUCCCGCAGCACCAGCGGCUCCUUCGGGUCCCCUCCUUUCUCCUCUUCGCUGGGACGGGCGAGCGAUGGCAGCUGCAGGCGCGCUCACUACACCGCCUGCCGGUAACCUAGGCCCGUGCAGUGCCCGGGGCCGCGAAUGCCAGCCCUUUGCAGCCCGCCUUCACCCCCGGGCGAAGGUCGGUCUUCUGAGGACAGACUCCAGUCCAUCCCCGAUGACAGGAAACUUGAGGAUGAAGAGCACAGGUGGCAGGAAACCGAGAAGCAGCUGUCAGCUGCAGAGGAAAAACAAAAUUUGGCUACAGAGGAAGAAGAGAAUUACAAGUGAGCUCAUCUACUAAACGCCAGUUGCUCAUAUAUCCACUGUUAGAGAUUUUGUUGUAAACUUUUGUACAAUUGUUUAGAGCCAAGAUCUUCAGAAACAUAAAUAAAUGAUGAGACAAUACGGGGAAUUCACAGAAGGAAAAAAAUUUACUUUUACAAAACGAAGAAACAUUUUAAGUUACCAAUAAUUUAUUGCAUCCCCAUGCAAGCCAGAAUUGGGGAUGGUGUAAAGAUUUGGACUCCCUAAGGAAAGAAAUUCGAUGUAGGAGGAAACUUAAAUGAAAAUGCCAUUUGACAGGCUCACUUUUCACAGCCCUGGGAAAUAUGUAAUGAAUAUAAGGAAGGGUAGAAAAUCCCAUUAAAGUGAAAGCUAUUUAUUCCUGGAUUGAUGAGGGGAAGUAUUGAGAAUGGUUUAGGAAAUUAUAACAUAUAAACACAGAGCUUUCAGGCAAUAAGUAAUAGAGAAACUAUGAAGCAGUACCUUUGAUCCCACUGUACCUUUAUAAUGAUGUGAAACAUAUUCUUAUUCAUAGGGAUAAAGUAUACAAGGUUGCACUUUACAGGACAGUAGGAACAUGGGAAUGUCAGUUAAUAUUUUAGUCAAUAGUGUGCUUUAUCUGAUGAUAAAAUUUUUGUGGCAAGAGGAAAUGUAUGCCUUGUACCACUAUAUGAUAACUUACUCUAUAACUCUGGAAAACUAAAGAAACAGUUUUUUAGGAUGAAUCCUUCUGAGCUCUAAUAAAAACAUGGACUCUCCCAUUAUUGCCUAAAAUGUUCAUUCUCAAGUGAAAAAAGUGAAAUUUUGUAAGGAAAUGUUAUUGUUUUUAAUAUGUGAAAUAAUAUUGCUGACUCCAAUUCGAUUAACAUUGGAUUAAUAUGAAAGAAUGAAAAAAUAAAAGUUCCUUAAGUAGUCUAAUUCACCAGCAUGUUCAAAAGCAGCAACAAAUCUCAUUGUUUUCUGAAAGUUAGUGUUCUAAAAUAAACCAUCCAUGCAUAUAAUAUAGCUAGUGUAUUAGCAUUGAAUUCAUUUAUUCAACUAACUACAUAACUAAACAAAACAAAGACCUUGGUCUUUGUAGAGCUUUCAUUAAAAAAUCAUGUGGUAGACUCCCUUCUUUCUUCCUGGAAAUUAUAAAAUCUUAAAGUGAGUUAACAACGUAUAUAAAUGUCAUUGUGGACUUGCCUCCCUUCCCCCACACUUUUCAUAUAAAACUUUUUUAAGGACUAAAGAUAUUCUGAGCUCAGAUGACAUUUUCACAAAAAUUUUUAGGUUAAGUUACAAUAUCCUGAUACUCUGAAAAAUGCUGCAUUUGAAAUGCACACAAUGAUGGAAUUACAACAGAAAAACUGUUACUCUUUUAGGAUAUGGGAAGGACUUCAUGCACUAAGCCAGAAGUAGUUGAAACAAACUGAGGUAACCUCAAAGGUACAUUUUAAUAGAAUGGACCAAAAUGACAUUCAACUCACUCAAAUAGGUGAAUUGACAAAGAUACUUUAAAUGCAAAAAUUCAGGUUGCAAAAUCAGAAGGAAAUUUUCAAAAAGACACCCAAUAAACCUACCUUAAUUUCUAUAACUUUGGUGACCUUAGUUUUAACAUAUACCCAGAGAUGGAAGAUUUGAGAUUAUCAUUCAAAUGCUAUUCAUAGCUGCCCAUUGUACUCUGACUCUCUCUCCUCUUCUCACUUUUAUUCUAACAUUCAUUUCACAAGGUCUGACAUCAAAGAAUAGGAGUUCUAAUAAAAAACCUAGAUCCUUUAUUGUAAUAAAAUUAUCAAAGAAUCAUUAUCAGAAUUUAUAAGGAAAAAAAUCUAAGAAUUAGCUUUUUAUGAUAUAGUAUUUUAUGCAGGUGCAUCCCAAACAAAGUAUCUUCUGUUUAGAUAUGAAAUUAAAGUCAUUACUUGUGCCCUGGAGCUCAAGGCAGAACUGUGAUAGAAAAAUUUCCCCAGCUAAGUGACUCUUUUUACACUCUUUGAUUUUUUUAUUUUAAUGGCAAAUACUUAUUGAGAAUGAACUUUGUGCUCAUUUUUGUUAAGUUCUGUGAACAUGGUAGUUAACAAGAUGCACAAGGGACUUGCUCAAAGGAGCUCACAUUCUAGUUGGGGAAAAUGAAAACAAGCAAACAGAUAAAAAACCAACCAAACAAACAAAAACUAAAAGAGCUUGAAACAGAGUGAAAUGCAGUGAAGACAAUGUCAGGGGAAUGGGAUAGAGCUGGAGGAUGGUCAGAGAGGACUAUUUCUUACGAUCUUUGUCCUUCUUUGUGGUCAUGUACACUGAUGCUGGCAGCAUUUCAGAGGCAGUCUUCAUUUUAUAAAAAUCUAUGAUCUCUUCUUCUAAUUGUCUUCUCUCUUCUUCAAGCUUCACUAUCUCCUCUUGUUGGACUCUUUUAAGGUGCUCAAACUUGUCCUGUAGCUACAAAACAAACGUGCAGUUGUGACAUAAAGCCAAGUGUGGUGGCGCAUCCCCAGGGAUAUGCUUGUCUUUUUUUGGGGUUAUCAAACAAUCCAGAUAUUCACAGUAGAGCUUGAUCUUAAUAACAGCCUCAAAACUUCAUGUUUAGAGUAAAAAUUUAGAUAGAGUUUUUUUGGUGAUUUUAAUUUUAAAUUAGUUCCCAUUGAACUGAAUGCAUAAAGCCCUUAGCUGUGAACAAAACACAAAUUUUAAAACAUUUUACAUUUUCCUAAUGAGGUCUAUCUUGCUAUGCCAUAUUUUCUCCACAAAAUCUCUUCAAAUAAAAUUUGUGAAAUCCAUGCUCACUAAAAAUACGUUCAUGAAAACGUUGCAUGGAUUGUGAAACCCUUCUUGAGAUUUUAAUUAGUAAAGGCCUUUGAAAGAAAGUUUGAUUUUUUUCCUUGUUAAGUGACAUUAGCAGAAGAAUAGAAAGAAACAAAACAUUUCAAGGACUCUGUUCAAUUACCAAAAAUACAGAUAGAGUAAUUGCAUCUCAGUGUGCUUAAGGGUGAGCCAGGGCUCUCAUGACCUGCAAGUGCACAUGUGGGAGGGAAGCCAGGGUUGUAGUGUCAUCGCUUGUUUAAUAAAGUGGAGAGUGAUCUAUGCAUAAUAAAUAUUAACAAAUUUAUUGUGCUUUGGAGACCAACCGUGGGGUAGAUUAUAAACUUCAGGAAAGUUGGAAACACAAAAACUUCAAUAAAAGAGCUUAAUGUGAUGUUAAAUUUAUGUUUUGAAAACAAUAAUCUGUUCAAUACAUCUGACAGGCAUUUAGCUUAAACAUAUUGUCAAAAUGCCCAAUAAACUAAUAAGCAAUGUUUCCUUGGGGUGUUGAUAACUAAUCAGUGAUCCUAAGGAUACAUACCAACUGACUUGGUUCCCUGCUGCAACCUUGGUCUGCAGUGCUUUUGAAGAUUGUAUAUGAACUGUUGUUCAAUGAUAUUUUCUAAUAAACCCAUUUUUAGAAAUUAGAAAGGAAUGCUAGGGGAAAUGUCUCUCUUUUUGUAAAUAGAUGACUUUAUUCUGAUAAUGAGAUCUCUAUCUCGUGUUUUCCCUUCUUGUCUGGAAUGCCUGAAAGCUUGAUUAUAUGUUUGCUUACUUGAAGAAGUCAACCUGAACCAAGUCUCCCUGAGGCAUCUCGGUUAAAGCGAAUUCCUAUUGCCCUGUAUUAUAAGGCUCCUGUCCUGUUCUUUCUGUUUGGAUGGUUCUAGUGUAGCUAUAUUUUUAUUAUAAAUUGCCUAGAAUACAUUUUGGAAGCAGGAAGGACAUAGAUAUUGAAUGAAUAAUGGAUAGUCUUACAGACAUUAUGGACACAUUUUAAUACUUCAAAGAUGUAUUUUAUUUGAGGAAUAAAUAUAUUCCUCACUUUUCUUGUUAUGGAAGAUGGUAUGUAAGAAACCUCAGAGCCACUGAUGUGUUAACUUACCUAGACGAAUAUUAAUAAAGAUGUACAAAAACAGUAAACAUAAUAUUUAAACAAUAUUUCUUAGUUAUUUAGUUAUCAGGUAAUAUUCUCUACAUAUACAUACAUCCAGAUUCACAGGUAAAAGAGAGUAAGGGGUGUACACUUGUUCCAUAAAAAUAUUGAAAGCAUCUUUUAAAUAUCACAGCAAUCUCAUAUAGAAUUUUGUAAUGUUUUCUGUUUGUGAAAAUACCUUUGUAUUAGUGACUUCCAGUAUUUUACUGUUACAACUGUCUUUAAAAUGUCAUCAGGACUCAGUACGAAUCACUAAUUUUAAAAAGUCACCACACUUAUAGCCUUUUCCUCACAACUACUUUCCCCAAUAUCUACAUUAAAAAAUAGCUAAAAUUAGGGACUAUCCUUUAUUAACAGAGAAUAAAGAGACAUAACAAGAAAUUGCAAUAUUUCUUCUGUGAUUGUUUCCUUAUCUAAAAUCAAAAAAAAAAAAAAGAAAAGAAAAUGACAACAUGGUACUAUUGGGGAAUUUGAAUGUCUUGGCUCAUCAAUGACAUUAUGGAAUUACUAUUAAUUUUUUUUAAUUUUUAUUGAGAUUGUUCACCACAUACCAUACAGUUAUCCAAAGAUCCAAAGUGUACAAUCACUUG